CGGCUUCUACUUGCUCUCUGUGUUCCCGACGAAAUCACAUGGAUUUUUGGAGCGCACCUGAUGUCUACCAAUCCCUCCAAGCGGUGUUGGUCGAGUUACGCGCAAAACCCUCGGUUGCAGAGUCCUCCUUUCCACCGACGCCCCUCAACUUGGAUACGCUGUCGUUUGGACACAUUUCCUCCAUAAGAAAGCUCAGUUUCCCUUUCGAGCAUCCGGGCUUAAAAGUCAAGCUACUCGGCUCGUCCAAUGGUUUGGUGUUUGUAGCGUUUGAUGAUAUCAAUAUUUAUAUCUGGAACCCGUCAAUUGGAUUCUUCAAGGAACUGCCCGUUCCCGGUUUUUCCGCAGAUCAUAAACAGCUUAUCUAUCAUGGUGCUGGCUAUUUGUCUGCCACCGACGACUACAAAGUUUUCGCAGUCUCAUUUGACAGGAAUGAACGGACAGAAGAGAUGGAGAUAUUCUCCUUGAGAGCUCACGUUUGGAAAACCAUCCCACACCCUGGCCAUAACAGUCCCUUCUUUAUUCAUCGGGGGACUCUUUUGAAUGAGGCACUUCAUUGGCUACAAUCACAUCCCGGUGAAAUCCUUGCUUUUGAUUUAGCAUAGGAGGAGUU